GCAUGUCGUCGUUUUUGCGGCUACCACAUUUCCCCGCUUGCGGCCACGGCUCGCUCGCCUCCAUCCUUUAUGGGCGACGCAAGGGAAACCUGGUGAAAUCGGCCGCCCCUCGGACAUUUGAGCUCGCGGAAGGGAACGACUGCCUGUUCCGUCCCCGACCCCGUCGGCUGAAAGAAAUUUUAUGUGAAGGGGACCCUUUAAAUUGAACAAGAAAACAGCUGCAACCUCAGUGUUGGAAUCAAACCUGUGUGGGGAUACCAUGGAUGCCACAGAGCCCUUUGAAGCCGAGGUAGCUCCAGACCCCUCCAUGUCGCAGGACAGCGCAAUAGAGGGAGCCCUUUCUUUGCCGGAGCAAGCCAAGAAUGAAGUUUCACCCGAAGAUGCUACAAAGACCAACGGGGGACCUGAACCCCAAAUUGCACCGCAAGCCGUUGUCCCCAAAAAGCAGACUGCUGCCAAAACACAAGCGUCUUCAAGAUCUGAAUCUAAACAGCUUGCUGCUGUCUCACAUCACCCUGUAACAAAUAAUAUAAACGCUGCCACUAAAACUGCAGCAAAGCCACCUGUAGCGCCGCAUGCCCCCAAAAGACCAGUCACCGUUGCCACAGUUGCGCACACCGUCAAGACCCCGACCAGGGUGAGUCAAAGGAGGCCAGUCGGAAAUGGACCAUCUCGGACUACGUCGAGCGCCACCGCGACGGCAACAAACGGCUCCAAGCCCACAACCGCCAAUGGAAGUCUCAAUAAGAGGACAGCGGCUGGUAAUGUGGCUAAAGUCAAAAGUUCUGUUUCCCACCGAGUAACUGUCAGCAGUACAGCAGCAUCUGCCGGACCAAAACCAAGCACUUCUCCAGCCGCCCGAGUUGACCAUGGUACCGUUCCAAAGAAAACGAGGCCCCCUACGGUCAGCUUGGAGUCUCGAGUGGCGUCAUCCGCGUCUAGGUCUGGUAGCACCCCUGCAACCAGAGCACCCGCAAGUGCAACGGCCGCCGUUUCAGGAUUUCGCUCGGCGCCAUCAGCGUCCAGGCCGGGCAACAGUGUUGCUCCGAGGCCCACCGGCAGUGCCGGUAGCAGAACUGCUCCGUCCAGAGGUACCACAUUACCCUCUACUGCCAGGACCACAGAAGCACAGGCUCACCCAGCUGCAGCCACAACGAAAGAUGUCAGUCGGCCACGUUCCAGUCCUGCUUUGAAAAGGCCUGCUCCUUCAUUGCUUGCUGCCAAAAAGCCUGAACCCACUAAACCGCCAGCCACCACAAAACCCACUUCUCCCUUCAAAUUGGCCACUGUGGCCGUAAAAGUGGAUCCAAAGGUUUCACAACCUAAAACCCAACACGUAAACCCCUCUUCUGCCAAGUAUUCGACGCUUGGUAUUACAAAGGUUCCGCUCGGUAGCAGAAAGCCACUGAGUAGAACCCAGCCUGCUUCUCCAGCUAACAAGACCAGAAACGCCCGCACUGCGAUGACGAAACACGAAACCAAACCCACUCAGGCACCGGUUCCUAUUCCGGCUGUUGUCAAGAAGACAAAGUCUCUAAGGACACAAAAAAAUGCUGACGCAGCAGUAACAAACGGAACACCAGAGGUAGACUUAGCUGGAGAUGCGCCUUUGGGUACAGGCGCUAUGAGGUUUGCUAACUCUGUACCAGAGGUGGUCCCGCCCCAAGCUUCUACUGCGGUUCCUCCGUUGGCUUCUCAGAGUCCUGUGGCUGCUUGCUCUCCUCCACAUAGACCCAUCCCUCAAGCCUCGCCAGUAAUGCCUCCGCCCCAGGAAGAAAGUGAUAAUGACGGUCCUUCAGUCCAACUGGAGCUGAGCCCGACCCCUGUGGAGGUGCCAACGCUCAAAGUGGUUCCGCUGGCAGAGAUACCGAGCCAGUCUGUCAAUGUGUCUUCAGAACCGAGUACUUUCCUCUCUGAAGUCCCCCCAAGAGCGGUAAAGUCGGUCACUCAGGUAGCUCCUCCCAGCAAUCUAAAUGAUGAGGAAGAUGAAGAGGAACGAGAUGGAAGCCAGCUGGUUUCAGUUUCAGAAAUGAGCGGUACCACACAACCCACCGAGGAGUCGCGUCCCGGGUCGGCCGGACUGGUGGGCGGCUCCGCUUGGAGGGCAGGCGGCGGCUUCCUGUCUGAGCUUGACUCGCUCAGCGGGAGUCAGCAGGGGGCGUCUGAGUUGAGCGCACCCGGCGUUCUGGAAGGCACAGAGAGUAUGGAUGACCUCGGGGAGGGGAGCCUCAAAGGAGCCAUGGACAUGGAAGGAGCCUCUGCAGGCUCUCCAGACUCUGAAAAGGUUCCCGAUAUACCCGUUAAUGACUACGAGGAUGAUAAUUAUGAUGACGGAGAUAGAGUGUGCGACAUGGACGUGGAAUCGGAGAAGACUGACGAGCUGCAGCGAGACGGGCACGACAAUGACGUGGACGAAGAGGAUGAGGAUGUGGAGAUGGCGAGCGAAGGGGUAACUGAGAGCGGUCUGGAGAGCUACGGGAACGCCGACGAGGACGACUUUGCAGAGGAUGAAAGGCUGGACAACUUGAACCGGUUGGCCCAGCUUCCUCCGCCGGCCCCGGGCGCUCAGUGGGAUCGACCUAACCAAUUUGCGGACCUUUGGGAAGACCAAAUGCAGCAAUUCCCUGACCUGGUCUCUCAGACCGGGCAGGUGGGAGCUGCAGCGAGCCCAUUGUUAGACCCCCCGCAAGCAAAUUCAGAGACUCCAUCCCAAUCCCCUGCUCAGACAUGGCUUGAAAUCAGCUCCGAUCCUCGUGUUCCUGAAAGCCAAGGUGUCUCUUUGCCUUCCGCUUUUGAGGAUGGGGCCCAAAUGGCCACAACUCAGUGUAACACGCUACAUCUGCGAGCGCCAGGUCAGAGUUCAUUCCCCGCAGCCGCCGUGAGCAGCGGGAGCGGAAAGCCAGCGGAACUUGGCGAUGGCACCCAAGAAGAGAAACCCCAAAUACAGAAAGUCCCGGUGAGCUCUCCCCAGCAUGAUGAUGGCGUCAAUCUGGCGAGCGGCGACCUGGAGGUUGAAGCACAGACUCUGCCAUCAGAUGAGGUUUUAAGUAGCGUGGUCAACGCUCUCGCGUCCAACCCUUCUUCGUCUUCCGUAACAGAGGAUGAAGCAAGCGACACGGAGGGGGAAGCGCUGCUGGACGACUCUUUGGAAAGUUCAUCCACGCAGAACAAGAACUCCACCUCUGAAGUCCAAUCCCCCGCAAAGCGUUCCCUCUUGACCGUCGAAGAAGUGGAGGAGUGCGAGACCGGCCUGACAGACGACGCCACCCCGCCUUCAGUCACCUCGCUGGCGUCCUACGGCUUUGACUCGGCGACCACGGCCUCCAACGCUCAGUCCGCAGGCGAGGGCUGCAUCAAGAGCCCGGGCAUCUUCUCUCUGGAGGAGCUUCCCGAUGAGUCCAAGGGUCUCUGUGAUCAAGCCCAGUCCGGCCUCACAGAGCAGCGACGCAUUGACUGCGGUAAACCGGAAGCGGCUUCGCCAGAGGAAGUGCAAGGGUCGGAGGAAGCGAAGAGUCUGAACGCUUUGCAGGUGUCUGAGAAGCUCGAGGAUGUCAACCCUCCGUACUUUUCUGCCAUCUGUGAAAAGACUGACAACUCUUUUGCAGGUGAUGUAUAGUUAACUCUGACUUGCUCUUCAAAGUUUUUUGUUUUAUGUGGGGGGGUGGGAAGACGGCAGUCCUGUAUGUGCAAUAUAACAGCAGUUUUAUAAUUAAGCUUAAAAUAAAGACUUUGAUACCCA